AUGGUUGCGGCUAGGAGAUUAUGGGUGAGGUUAAAAGUUCCUCUGAAAUAUUUGACAACAUUGCCAAAGUUUGCUACUUUUGUAUCAAAGACACAACUACGGAAAUUGGCACAAGCGGAAAGGCGAGCGGCAAGUGGCAGUUCAUCAACAACAAACCUGCAAAAAUCGUCACCGGCGCCUCCAGAAACCAACCUGAAUAAUGCUGGGCUGGCUAAUAAUAAUAAUAACAACAACAAUGGUGGUAUAGGUGGUGUAGGUGGUGGUGGUGUGGGAACCGCAUCAGGCGGUGCGUCAAAUAUUAGUCAAUAUAAAAUUAAUGCAGGACUUAAAGAGUCCUCAACAUCAGGAUUGACAAUGAAUAGUAUAAACAGCGCGCUAUAUACUUUGGAUAAAUCGGGAAAACCAUGUAAGCGAUGGGUGAAAAAAACAAAACUGUUCAAGACAUUUACUGGGUUCAAGAUGAAAUAUACUGUAUAUGAACCUAAACCUGCACCACCUACACAGGUUGGAGAAGAAAAGAGUACAAAAGUUGACGCUAGAGUCGUUAAAGCUGAGCAAAAUGAAGAUGUAGCUACUGUUACCAGUUGA